AUGGCCGUCGCCUUUAGGAGGGAUCUAUGGCGCGAACCGCAAGGAACAUGGUAUCUCGACGAGCGGAUUGCCGAACACGAGACGUGCCGAAUAUACUUGAUCGAGCCCGACGACAAGGUGCUCCUCCGGGUGAAGACGACGCACCUGUCGGGCCAGCAAGGACUGGUGCGCAUGACGUUGUCCCAUGUGCGGUAUAAUGAGGACAGGGCCUCGUCCCGGGUCUCGUGGAGACGGUUGCGCCGGAGCAGCUACACCCGGUCUCAGCCCUACCGCUCCAACUACGGCACCACGGGCAUGUCCAUCGACGUCUUCGACCGGUACAGACGCACCGUCUUUCAUUGCGACCAGGUGAGACGCGGUCGUGCGUAUAUGUGGCGGAUCAGACUCUGGGACGGCCCGAACCCAGUUGGUGAGUUGCGUUGGUGA